AUGGAUAAUAAUCGAAAUAAUUUUGAAAGGAAAUAUGCGAUCCUGGCUGGCGACACGAUAAGACCGAAUAUGGUCCAGCGGGUGACUAUAGUUCUGUUUGAGGACGAGGCAGACACCUUCUUGGAGAAUGAAGGAGAACCCGUCGACCUGAAAGUGUCGAUAAGAAAAGAUGGGAUGGAAAUUUCUCAAGCAUCACACCGAGCUCGUCCCGGUUCAAUAAAUAAUUUGUUGCUGAAAAUUCCCUCGAGCACCGCCGGUGACUUCCGGCUUCGCAUAGAAGGUAACCACCCCAACAGUGUAGGUGGAACGACGUUCGAACACGAGUCCGGGCUCUACUUCUCGCCGCAGUUUUUAUUCGUCCUGGUGCAACUCAACAAGCCUGUUUACAACGGCGGGGACGUGGUACUUAUCCGAUCCGUCAUGCUAAAAAUGGACUUGAAACCGUUCAAUGAACCGGUGGAUAUUUACAUCAAAGACCCGAACGGCUACAUCAUGCGAAGAUGGCUGUCGCGCCAGGCCAACACGGGGGUCGCUGGAGUGAGCUACAUAUUGCCAAGCAACCCGUUGCCGGGGCUCUGGGAAGUUUCCGUAGAUGCCCAGGGUCAGCAGGAAUCCAAGAAAUUCUUGGUCGAGAAACACUGGCCGCGACGGUUUGAAGUUUUCGUCAGACUCGAGCCAUUCAUCCUGGAAACCGAGGACUUCAUCACCGGCACGAUAGACGUAGCUUUUACUCACGAUCUGAAAGUGCGCGGACUUCUGAAGGUCUCUUUGAAGUGCAAGGAGCGACCGGACCCUGCGUGCGAACCGCGUUCUUCCAAUUACACAAUAGUGAAUGCCACGCAGUCUGCUAGGUUUUAUGCUUCGUCUGAAUUCCAGUUUCCCAUGGAUGCCUUGCGAGUCUGCAGCAGGGGAAACAGUUACGACGGCAUUCAGGUGGAAGUUGAAGCUGUCGCGGAGGAAUACUUCUCUCGCAUGACCAGCACAGGAUUCUGCAGGAGCCGGAUUAUUCGCUCGGAAAUCAAGGUUCGAUUCCUGGCCUCUGACGGAAUAGUUUUCAAGCCCGGGAUGCCAUUUUCUUUACUGUUCUACGUUUCUUACCACGAUAAACAACCGUUGGACGAAGAUUUUCUUUAUGCGUGGGAGAAUCUACUCAGCGUUACCCCGACGCCGGAAUUCAUCGAGUAUAAAAGCGGAGGUUUGUUCCAUGCGUCUUGGAGAGAGCUUCCGGACCAAGAGUCGAACCGUAUUCGAGUUACGUUCACACCUUUGGGAAACCAAGGCGUGGUUAGCGCAGAGUUAGUUGUUCUGAGAACAAAGGAAAUAGAUUCUGCCAAUGUCGGUACUGACGCGUACUUACAUCUGAGCACCAGCACGCAAAUUGCACGCAUCAACGAAUACGUUAUCUUCCACGCGAGAACCAGCUUUUUCUUCGGCGGGCGCCUUUAUUACGUCAUUACAUCGAAAAAUAGCGUGGUGCAUUCCGCGUUUAUGGACGUACCGUCGGGGUCAAACGUACACACGUUCUCCGUAGCGGUGUCGUCGGAAAUGACGCCGAGUUUCCGGUUAGUGGCGUUCAUGUUGGACAGAAACGGUAUAUUGCAUGCGGAUUCAGUUACUAUGCCAGUGGACAGCAUCCAAUUGCAUUCCAUUUCCGUGGCAAUCAACGAGCGGAAGGAUUUUUCCAUGAACACUGUGGAAGCCGCCGUUUUCGGGGAAAGCGGCGCGUUGUUCUGUCUCAGCGCGUUGCGUCUGACGCCAUUUCAGACGAACAGUCCGAAUGAGUUGUCCAAGGCGUCAGUGCUGAGGUCUUUGCACGCCGUUGACGCUUUCCCGACGUCACCGAGGAUCACCAAGAGGUUCCGUAGCGGCGAACCAGAUGAAGUUCAAUAUCAUCCGUCCGGGAAUUACGGUCCGGAUGCGGCGAGGACUUUCAAAUACGCUGGGCUGAAAUUGAUGACGAAUUUGUGCGCGCCUUCGUUUGAAAGCGAAGAAGAAGCAUUUAAGCUUGAAAGAGCGAGGAGCAUUUUUCUUCAACGUCCGAAAUUCUGCGACCUGAUGCCGGCUUCGCGGAUUGCUGAGUGUCCUAUUCCUGGUCUCUGCCAUGACUUCGAAGUUCUGAAUGAGAGAAUUCAUAACGACGGUUUCCUGUUGACAGAGGAAGAUGAUGAUAUAACCUGGUUCCGGUUAAAGCGAUACAAUCGUUAUAACGAUUUCUUCAACACAAAUGACGACUGGGGCUGGGUCAACAUCAACAUCAGCCCGAGUGGGGAUGACAUGGUGGAAUUGAACGUGCCGAAAACAGCUGAUACUUGGGUUCUAAACGCGUUUGCAGUCUCAGCAAAGAGAGGAAUUUCUUUUAUUGACGACAGCAUUUUACACAGCAGCCUACGCCCGUUCUAUUUUAAUAUGGAAACUCCGGAGGUUGUUCGGAGUGGGGAACAGUUCAGCGUCAGGAUCAUCGCUGUUAAUAAUCUCCAGAUCGAGCUCUAUACUCUGAUAAUUCUCGCGGAUUCGAAGGAUUACAAAUUCGUCCACAUCGAGGAAGGCGGCUACGUGGAAAGCUAUAAUCCACGCACCAGUAACGGCGAACAUCAGCACCUGGUCAUUCUCCCACCAAACGAGUCCAUGGAAAUACUCAUCCCAAUUGUAGCAACUGUGCAGCAGGGUGACAUUGAAGUUGUUGUUACUGCAACGACUCAGGUUCGCCGGGACAAGGAAGUCAGGACAGUGACCGUUCGUGGAGAAGGCGUCGCUAUUGGCGAUCACAUCUCGAUGCUGCUCAACCUGGAGAACAGAGCCAAUGUUUACGAAUUCAUGGACAUUAAGGUCGACGAAUCGCCGAUCGUGCCGUAUCAGCAGUGGCGCCGCUACGUUCACGGCAGCACCUCGGGUUACUUCGCAGUGUCGGGAGACGUGGUUGGACCCGCGUUCCCGUCGAACCCCGCAGGCAGCUCAUCUUCGCUUGACAGGCCAUCGCGAACAACUGAUCACUUCGUUUACGAAUUCGCUGCAAACGUGUGGACGCUGAAAUAUCUCCGGCUGACAAACCAAUUCGAAUGGACGGAGGCGAAGACUACCUUUGGCGGGAUUAACGUCAUUUACGCAGCGAUUCUCCAGCGAUUUUUGAGAAUGGCGCCGGCUGACCAGUUGCCUCGCGGCGGACUGAAAAUUUCGGCCGCGAGUCCGUUCCCGAGCGUUUGGCUUACGGCUUGGGCGGUACGACAUUUCCACGAGGCAAACUUCCCGGACUGGCAGAAUUUCGUACACAUUGAUACCGAGCUGAUUUCAGCGAUGGUUAAUUUUCUGCUGGUUCAGCAGAACCAAGACUUCGGGUUCUUUGAAGAAACUGAUGCCUAUCUGAAUCAUCCCCUCGUAUCACGAAUGGUUCGUAAAAGGAUUGAUCUUCAAGAUGGAUCGGUUGUGGAGGCGAGUGUACCGCUGACUGCGAAUGUUCUUAUUGCCCUGCACCAUGCCAUGGAGUCCAUCAAAAACGGCAACUUGCGUGCAAGAGUAGCGAACGCCAAAAUUAAAGGGAUGAGGUUUCUGGAGUAUGUUCUUCCGAGCUUCAGGUGCUCGUCGUGUUCGUCUUUCGGGAACCAGCCCAGGAACGUGACACGAGGCGACGAUCCCAAUGCGUACGUCAUGGCUAUGAUGGCGUACGCACUGACGCUGACCAGGAGUUCGGAGUCUGAAACGGCGUUCAGAUAUUUGCACGAAUCUCGGCGAGAGAACCGCAACGGGAUCUAUUGGUCGACUGCGGAAAUUCAAGCGAAUCAGGUGAAGUCUGAGUUCAACCGCCCGUUCAUCCAAGCCAAAGACGUGCAAAUGUUCGACUCUCUGAGCGUGGAGGCGACGGCCUACGCACUCCUGGUCUACAUCCAGCGAGAUGGCAUUAAUUCCAUACAGGGAAAAAUGGUGCGCUGGCUGAAUUCCAUGCGGAUCAGGACCGGAGGGUUCGCCGGAAUACUGGAUUCGACUGUGGCUGCGGAGGCGCUCACGGAAUACUCAUUCAGAGCUCGUUUGCGAGGCAUCACGGAUAUGCUCGUCACGGUGGAAGCAACAGGCACACCGGGUUGGCAUCAGGAAAUAAGGAUCACCAACAAAAGCGUGGCCCAACUUCAUAAAUUCAAUCUCGAGAACGUGUGGGGCCACCUGAACGUUAUUGCGCGAGGCCGCGGGCAAGCAAUUAUCCAGCUUGAUUACGCCUACGGCGUCGACUACGAACCCAUCAAAGAAACUCCGCCCGCUGACGUAUUCACGUUGGAUGUUAGAGAAAGCUAUCGAGAUUUCCGAAACAAGUCCAUCAUCGAUGUCGAGCUUUGUCCCAGAUAUACGCCUCCACCGGAACUGGAUCCAGGGAACCAAGAGGCGAGUGGGGCCGUAACGAUAGAAGUUGAGAAUCCUUCGGGUUACCUGAUAACACAGAGAGAGGCUACAUUGGACAUUCUUCGACAGAAAGGCAAGCCUGAGAAUUUGGUCGACGUGCGAGCCGAUUCCGGAUUCGUGCAUUGGUACUUCAGCAAGAUAACUCGAGACCAGCCGUGCCUCAGGUACACCAUUCGGCGUUGGUUCCCGGUGGCAAACCUCACGAAGACGAGAUCGGCUAGAAUUUACGAGACACACGAACCGGAAAAAUUCUACGUCGCCAUGUUCUAUCCUGCUCCACUAUAUGCCCUUGACGUUUGUGCCGUCUGCGGAUCAUACCAAUGCCCGUAUUGUCCGAUUUACAGUCGUUCCUGUCUGUCGGAUCGAGCGUCCCGCUCGUAUCUCACGAAGAGCUCUCCUGAAUGUUUGUCGCGGAAAGCAAAGCAAGUCCCCGGGAUGGCGUUGAAUGAUGCAGCUAUCACGCAGCCUGAAUUUUCAGACGAAGGAAAUGGGGAGCAGGAACCGUAUUUGGGAUCUAAGGCGAGUUCAUUGGGGAGAUACGCCUUGUCGUGUAGUGAAUUUGAGAGGAUGGGAGCCAGAAAAUGGAAAGAUCUGGAGAUCCCCUCAGGACAGGCCUCUAGGCUUGAUUCCAGUGCCCCGGACACACACAUCCGCCAUAGGAGAGAAGAAAGUUGCGGGAAGUGGGAGGAUGCGUACGCUGCGGAAAGCAAGGCGGGUUCGUCUCUCGACGAGCCCCCUGCCGUGACGUCACUGUCGUGA